UGCAGCACUCGGACCUGCCGUGGUUUCGGGUCCAUACUGACCUGCUGGGCUGUGAGUGAGCAGACAGAUGUGCUGCUGGUGCCUGAAGUGAUCCUACUGAACUGAGUCCCAAACGUUUCCCCAGGAUGAACGGCUCCCUUCUGACCCCGCCCAGCCCGCGGGCAACUAACUCCUCCCCCCUCCCACCCUCCCCAUCUCCCUCUCCCCCACCCCCCUCCCUCUUACCUUUGACCUCCAGACCGCCCCCUCUCCCCCCUCUGGUCAGCCCGCCGCCCCAGCCCCACCCUUCCUCCCUGUCUGACACCCCCACGCCGUCGCCGUCCCCCUCCCUCAGCUGGACCGAAUUCUGUGAACUCCACGCACGCGUCGCAGCCGGCGACUUUGCACGCCACUUCCGGGCGUUUCUCCAGGAAAACCCACACUACACCCCGGACUCGGCAGCGGCGUUCUGCCGGCGCUUCACCGACCGCUUCAUCCGCCAUUUCCAGAGCGAGCUGGAGGGGGCGCUCCCUCCGAGCUGCGCUCCGGGGCAUGAUGAGGGAGGGGCCUGGGCUCCCCCAUCUGAUGCUACCUCCCUGGAAGAGGAUGCCGUCUCCCCCCUUUCAGGACCCGGGGGAGCGGCCCUGCGGGGCCCCCCAACCGGCACGGCGCAGGUCACGCCCAAGCCCGCCCCGUCCCGGCUAGUGCUGGAGAGCCGCUGCGGCGACCGCUUUCAGGAUUCCUACGCCCAGGGCGGUGUCCUACCCCCCUCCUCUUCGUCGUCGUGCUGCUCCUCGGUGGGCGGGAACAACGGGCGGCGGGAGGAGAGGGGCGCCGUGCCGGACCCCGCCAACGGAGACGCUCCGGCGGAGGAAGAGGAGGACAGUUGGCUCGGAGCGGCGUCGGUGGACGAAGGUGUGGAGACAGAGGAGCGGGGGGGCGAGUCCUCGGAGGCCGACGGCGCUCCUCAUCUUCCUCUAUCCUCCAUUAGUCCUCCUCCCGACUCCAGAGGGAGCAGCCUGUCCAGCUCCUCCAAAAACAAGCUGAAGAAGCGCUUCUCGCUGCGGAGCGUGGGGCGCAGCGUCCGCGGCAGCGUCCGCGGCAUCCUGCACUGGCGGAGCUCCUCCAGCGACGCGGCUCAGACGCCGCUGCCCUCCAGCUACAGCUACACCGUGGGGGUGCAGGACUCGGCCAAGAGGGGCGCUGCCACACAGCCCCCUACGCCCACCUCCUCCAUGCCCGUCUCGCUGUCUAUGCCCCUCUGCCUUCCUCACUCCUCCUCCUCCUCCUUGCCUCCCUCCUCCUCCAGCAGCGCCACCUCGCUGUCAGUGUCUGAGGCCGCCAGGGACCGCCGGCGGAGCAACGGCGAAGGAGGCGAGAAGGACAAGUGGAGCCAUCGCCUGGAGAAGCUCCGACUGACCCGCUCUCCUCCGCCGCUCCUCAGCCAGAACGUGCCCCACGGUUCCAACUCACUUCCUCUGGGCAGCGCCGCCGCCGCGGCUCCUCCAAGGAAGGUGGGGCGGCUGGUGCGGGAGGGGGGGGUGAGCGUCAGCUCGUCCAGUGACGAGUUGGGGGGGAGCCACGUCUUCUCCGGCUUCACCUUCGGCCUGCUGCAUCACGGCACAGAAAGCAGCCCCUCGGCUGCUUCGGCCAGCCCCCAGGCGGCCCCGGUGCCGCCUCUGGUCAGCGGGGGCAGGGUUCCCUGGAGGGGGGGCCGCUGGCAUAAAUGUCGUCUGGUUCUCAGAGAGCGGGACCGUGAGGGGGGCGAGCGAGGAGAGGAGUACUACCUGGAGUUCUUCAUCCCUCCAAAGUCCUCCAAGCCGCGGCUCACCGUUCCCUGCUUCUCCAUUGUGGACGUGAGGAGCACCACGGCCGUGGAGGUCCCCGACAAGGAGAACACCUUCCUGCUGCAGCUGGAGGGGUCGGCCCAGUAUGUGAUCGAAACGCGAGACGCCGUCCAAAUGAGAGCCUGGCUAAGUGACAUCAGAAACGCCAUCUGUCUCAGUGAGCAGGACGACGCUGAAGGUUUCUGCUCCCCCUCGUUGGACGUCAGCGGUACACCUGAGACCGGCGAGCGUCUUUCACAAGUCUGUUACGGAGGGAUCGGAGGCUCCUCGCCCCUGAUGGACCCGCUUCCUCCAGAACUUCCACCUAGAGCUCCGCUGGACGAAACCGAUGGCAGGACCUUUGGCGGCAGCGCCGGGAUGGGCACUCCGUUUGCUGAGACGCCAGAAGCUACAGGAUCAUUCCUCUUCUCUGACGCGGUGACGUCCGACGCCGUGGAGCACCCGCUCAGCGAGUGCCAGUGGUUCCAUGGCACCCUGUCGCGCCUCAAAGCGGCUCAGCUGGUUCUGGCCGGCGGCCCGGCGAGCCACGGCGUGUUCCUGGUCCGGCAGAGCGAGACGCGGCGCGGGGAGUACGUCCUCACUUUUAACUUCCAGGGAAAGGCCAAGCACCUCCGUCUGUCCCUCAAUGAGGACGGGCAGUGCCGUGUCCAGCACCUCUGGUUCCAGUCCAUCUUCGACAUGUUGGAACAUUUCCGGGUGCACCCCAUCCCCCUGGAGUCCGGCGGCGCCUCUGAUGUCACGCUCAUCAGCUUCGUGGGAGCCGCAGCGGUCCGGCAGCCAGACUCGACCAGCAGACCCCGUAGUCCACCUCAGCCCCCUCCGCUGCCACCGGGACGCCCGCCACCACCCACCCCGCCUCAAGAGAGGGGCAGCGAGGCCGAGCCCACAGGAGGAGGAGCAGCACCGCCCCUUGGAGCCGCCGCCGCCGCAGCAGGCGGAGCAGGGAGUGGAGGAGGAAGUGGGGGCAGCGGGGGCGGCAGCGGGGGAGGAGUGGAGGACUGGGAGGAAAGGGAGAGAGACACUCCUCUACGGCAGCUGGACGCUGUGGACGGGGAGGACAGGGACGCAGCCAGGGCCCCCCGCGCCGUCGACAACCAGUACUCCUUCUUCUGAGGGAGGUGGCGGCCAUCUUGGCCGUCCAACACUACAGAGACGAGCCGCUGCUCAACACUAACAGCUGAACACUUCUUCACUCUGUGGUCCGAAAAGCUUCAGGUUCUGAAUCCUCCGGGUCAGAACCCAGCGGACCCAGUACCUCGCCGUGGUCCCGCCAAGACAGCCAAACCUUCUCUAAGCGUGUUCCUACUGCGCCGAGCAGACCCAGAACCUUACACCGGCCCUGGUACCGCCGCCGACCACUGAGCCGGGCCUCCUUUGGACCCAGGCUUCCCUCCAGAACUCAAACGUUUUAGCCCAGAACCAGAACCUUUCUUUAGACCACUGUCAGUCAUUCAGGGGAAAAGGUUCUGAAGCCUCCAGCAGAACCAGAGAGGUGUCUGAAUCGGACCUUCACCAGCAUAACCCAGGAGAGCAUGAAGCCUCCACCGGGCCUCUGGAGGUCCAGUUUGCUCAGGUUCUCCUCAGCAGAACAUGUGGAGAGGACGAAAGUUCUGAAGACGACCCGCUCCAUCCUUCUGGGAGGAACCUGUUCUGGAUUCCAAAGGACGCCAUAAAACCCAGAACCGUGACAGCGGCUGAGGUUCAGCAGAACCAGAACUUCUGCUGCAUCAGAAGGUGGGGGUGGGGGGUCCGACCCGGUUUAGCCCGGAGAAGCUCCAGCCUGAAGAACCUGGACCUGCUGCUGGGUUCUGUCCUGAUGCUUGGAUCGGCUGCAGGUUCUGUUGACCCAGUUCUUGGUCACCAUGGUAACAGGAGCCUGUGGAGCUGAAGGUUGGUGACAGCAGCAGGUUCUGACCCAAUUAGAGCCCACUGGACCAGAAGGUUCUGUUCCAUCCACCAAAUGGGUCCAACUGGUCUCCGUUUCUGCCUCCAUCAGCAGCUUCUGUUGACCCAGAACAUCCAGACGUUUCUAUUGGACCCAGGUCCAGAACCGACCCAGCAAUAAGACUCCUGGUUCCCAGAUGGUCACCUGACAGGAAGUGGUCUGUGAUUGGCUGGAAGCUGAGCCGUGUAACGUUCUGGGUCUGGAGCAGGAAGGAACCAUUUACCUCAGAACCGGACCCGGGUCAGCCGGGUCAGAACUAUAGUAUUAAAGGCUUUUAUUUUCUAAGCGUGUUCCAUCUGGGUUCAGACGUCUUCGUGCCUUUUUGGUUCGCCCCCCCAACCCCCCCCUUUCUGGUUGUGCCUUUCCGUCCCCCGUCCUCCCCCCGUCCUCCCCCCUUCCCUGGUCUCAUUGGAGACUCUUCGUGCCUUUCUCUGUCUCUCCUCUCUCUUGGUCGGGACGGUUUGCUGAGGACGGCCGGCGCUGCCGCUCCUCGCCGUGUGUCCGUAGUUUCAGGUACUACAUUGAAUUUAAUGAUGAUAUAAUAUAAAUAUAGUGAAACAUGGAACCGGA